GAAAAUGCGCACAGAGAAGCAGAGGCGGAUCUGCAGCGAAUAGAAAGCGCAGUCGGUGCAGGAGAACCGAGUAAAGAACCGUCGUGCUUUAUACACACCGAAUUCAACCAGCAGCUCAGAAUCGUUCAAACAUCCGAACUCGAACUGUUGUGGAUUACUGAAGAAUUGCUUAAGCAGCUGUUGAAGUACCAUGACUGACAGGAAGGCAGUGAUCAAGAAUGCUGACAUGUCCGAGGACAUGCAGCAGGAUGCCGUUGACUGUGCAACACAGGCCAUGGAGAAGUACAACAUAGAGAAGGACAUUGCAGCGUACAUUAAAAAGGAGUUUGACAAAAAGUAUAACCCAACAUGGCAUUGCAUCGUGGGACGGAACUUCGGCAGCUAUGUCACCCAUGAGACCAAGCACUUCAUCUACUUCUACUUGGGCCAGGUGGCAAUUCUCCUGUUCAAAUCGGGCUGAAGCCCCACCGUUGUAGUAGAAUGUUCUUUUUCAACGUGGACCGAGAUGCACUAGUGGCCGAUGUCCUGUCUCCACACGCUACCAAUAUUAAACGGCCAUACCAUGUCUAUGCUGACUGUGUGUAUCUGCAUGGACCGUAUACCAUUACUAAUCAUGUGUAUGUUGCAGUUAGGUUGCUUUUCAGUAGGAACCCCAUGUUUAUCGGGAGAGUUUUUCGUUUUGGAUCGUUCAUGCCCAGAAGUUGUACAGACAGGAGGAAUGUUUGAUUAAAUUAGGCAAUGCUACAAAGCAUCUUGUGUUUUUUUGCCAUGCUGCCAAGCCAUUAGAAUGUGCACCAUUUAUCAUAGCUGUACCAUGACUACCAUGAGGAGGAGGAAAAUGAAAAUAUUCUAUAUAUAAGGUGUUCAAUCUCAUUUUCCUGAUCUAAACUCAAAUGAGAUCUUAGUUUCAUUUCAGCUGUUAGGACGUAGGAGUGUUCUGGAUGCAGUGAUGGAGUUUUGUAAAAGUGCUUUUUUGUUUAAAAUGUUUUACACUGUGACUAGAAAAGAAUGUAAUCAAAUAAUGUAAUGUAUACUAAAAGUGCUAUUGCUUCAUUUUUUUAUUUCUUUAAUGUACAAGUUGGCAGAAUGUAAACUGACUUGAACGCACAAGACUGGAAAAAAGUUGCACAACGUUCUUUGGCUCCUCUUGUGUCUUCCUGAGCUUCUUUCUAUAAUUUUUACAUUUUUUCCCUCUGUUUUUCCCUGCUGACAGUAUUUGACCCGUAUUUGGCUUGUCUGGUUAUUUCACACUGUUUUUGUUGCUAGACCUGUGAAACACACACGCUUCAUUUUACCGUACCCUCUCAGGUACUCCACAUGAAGCAGGCUAUGUUCGUCAGUCAAUAAAAUGUGUAAUCAAUGCAAA